AUUUAUAUACACUGUAUAUAAGCUAUGCUAUUACAAUACGUGCUUACAUGUCAGCAGGUUAUGUUGUACGUACUGUGUCUUUAAAUAUUUAAUCGAACAUAAAAGCAUGUUGUAUCAUGAGAUCAGAGUUCAGUGUUGCCAAUAACAAACAAAUGUGAGGUCACGAAAGAACCUUAUGGGCCAGGUGCGAUCAUGAACUGAGCAAAAAUCAGCUCAAAAGUCCAUAGUUGAAUUUUAUCUCACAUUUCUACUAUUUUUGGGCAACAACAUGGCAGACUUGUAUUUAAGGCGAAAUAUAAAUGUGGCAGUAGAAGUGGGAAAUUCAAUAUUCACUUCAUGAAUCUUAUGUAGCAAACAAAAAAAAAUAAAACAUCUUUAAUAGUAGCUGUUACCUCUCCUAGAGGAGAUUGGGGCCUAUAAUUUAAUGCCUUUUUGUGGAAGGGAGGAUUAUGACACAGACAAGAACUCUUCUGCAUCAUGCAGUAAAAAAGUCAUAACAUGGGGGAGUUGACAGGCAGAGAGGCAGAAUGAUGUUCAGUGCUCUUAUCCUGCAGUACCUCAGAUGGCCACUGGGUCGUUUCUAUAUGCACAAAAUGUGUCAAAAACAGAGGUCUUCCUGCCGUAUGCAGCCAUUCUGCUGCAGGAACGACUCAUAAUGCUGCCUCUCAGCCGGGACACUUUCCCCUGCUUUGUGCACACACAGCAAAUCAGCACAGCAGGGAGACCUUUGUGCAGAGAUCUUGCACGCAUGGGGUGGCAGUAAUGUCCCAGGAGAGGAGCCAAUUUUGUGAGCAAGUUAUUCAGUCACUCAGCGAUUGCUGACAUAUAAAGGAAACAAAGUGAAUGAUUAGACCCUCCUUUCUAUGAAGCUAUGUGGUAAAAAUACAGACUACCUUCCAUUGUCUCAACAUACCCAUUCUUCACCCACACAAUUUCAAUAGUGCAACUUUUUUCCACCCCAUGGUGCCUGAGAAAAUAAUUAAUUGUGGGUGAUAUUCCAGGUUCAUUCAAUGUCGACCAGCCAAUGAUUUAAGUUUCGCCUCCAAUUGGCUAUCUUGAAAAUCAAAUACUUGACAAUCACACACACACUCAUGAACUCUCAUAGUACACCAAUAGAUAUAAUGCAUCCCCGAGCCCUUUACCCUGACCUUCACUGUCACAACUCAAUGUCUAAUCCUAACCAUUUACCCAACCUUAAAAUAAAUCCAAAUCUAAUCCUAACCCCAAAACAAAGUCCAUCCGUCCAUCUUCUCCAGCUUUAUCAUCCACACGAACACACACUGUUUGACAACGUAAGAAAAGUGUCAGUGUAAGUGUAAGUUAUAUAGUUAUACAACAAAUUUAAAGCUGCAUACACACAUAGAAUGGUGUGUAAUGGCAGCAUAUAGCACAGGGGUUAAUGUGUUUAAUGGAACACAGCCAGCAACAAUCUAAAGGGCAUUAGUGGAAAUAUUAGUUUCUCCCCCCCAACAGCUUUUGUGCACCUUAAUCACCCUGUCUACUACUGGAGUAGGAGAGAGGGAGGCUCAGAGAAAGAGAGAGUGAAUGUUUUUGUUCUGAGCCAUGAAAGGCGUUCUCCUGCCUCAGGAUGUUGCCUUUAAAGCUGAAGAAGUGGGUUUCCUGAGGAGGAAACUAUCACAGAAUAGGCAAGGCUUGGUCCAGACACCGUGUUCCACCAGUUGUGGAGCAAGCUUUUGUCUGGGUCUCCUAGUAUAGAAGGGUGCUUGUUUCUUCUGAUGGAUUCUGGAUUCUCGCAGAACUGGUUGACUGACAGCAUAGACUUUGAGCCUGACCUUCUCUUUGGGAGAACACCGUUAUAAUUAUUGCAUGAUGAACAAAUAACAACUGAGACUUUUUGCCUUUUCUUUGAUUAUGUGUGAAUGAAUGGGUGUUUCUGCUCCAACUCAUCACCCUGUGAGCAUCAGCCCUCAGGCAUUUGACCAACAGAAACAUGUCCAAUGACAGCUGCAACCUCCCAUUGGACACCGACACAUUCGGCCUGACUUGUAUCUAUGGCCUCAUCUUCUCUUUGGGUCUCCCCAGCAACCUGUUGUCCCUAUGGGGAUUGUACCAACUGGGUCGCUCAGGUGGGGGAGGCUGUCAGCUGGUCUACAUCCUCAACCUGCUGCUGUCUGAUCUCCUUCAGCUGCUCACCUUGCCACUGUGGAUCCUUUACCUGCAGGGAGGGCACCGCUGGCCCUACGGCCACCUGACCUGUGAGCUGGUUGGCUACGUGUUCUACGUCAACGUCUAUGCCAGCGUCAUGUUCCUGUGCCUGAUAGCGCUGGACCGCUGCCUGGCAAUUGUGUACCCACUGAGUAGCCGCAGGGUGCGAAGUGUCAGGGUGGCAGCACUUUCGGGUAUAGCUGUCUGGACGCUCACCUUCCUGUUCUGCCUGAGUGGGCUGCUGCCAUCAGUGUUUGACUCUGACAGACAACUGUGUCUGGAGUACUACCCCGUCAGCCCCAGUUUUGCUCACUUCAAGAUCACCUCAGUGGUCCUUGGUUUCCUGCUGCCAUGUGCCAUACUAGGCUACACCUCGACCCAUAUCGGCGUGACACUGCGGCGCUCACCCUCUCUCUCUGACCAUGAACGCCACAAAAUUGUGGGCAUCCUGGUCGUCAUCACUGUUAACUUCAUCGUGGUCUUUGGGCCCUAUCACCUCGUGGGCGGAUACAGGUUUGUGUCCCUGCUGCUGACUGAUGAGCCCUGUGGGUUGGAGCGUUCCAUUUUCCUCAUCUACCGCCUGUGCUAUGGUCUGACCAGCCUCAACACUCUGCUGGAUCCCCUCUUCUACAUCUUCCUGUGCCCCGAUGCUCGGCUGGAGCUGCAGAGGUCCCUGCCCUGUUUGGGAAGGGGGCAACACGCCCGCAAAACGACGACCCUCACUGCCAGAGCUCAGCCAGGCACUCAGGGGGAGACUGAGAAAGGACAUAAUAAUCUUAUUGCAGUAUAGCUUGGAUUUGCUUGGAUGACUCCUGCUUUUUAGUCAGACCAACAGCACCACCCAGUGGGAAUGCGUGUGCAUUGAAAACUCAAUGAAAACAUUCAUUUGCCUGCAUGUUUCCACCUCAUCAUCUGAGGAACCAGUUCUGCAGUUUUCAGUGUUAGUAUCUUGCCUUUUAUCAAACUGAAUUAGCAUAAGAUUUAACACAUUUGUGUUUGGCACAAAGAUUUCAAAACACAAAGGCUUCAAUUGCUGCUUUGAUAAACUCUACGUCAGUAUCGAAAACCACACGUUAAAGAUCAAACAACUUGGAAAUAAAGUA